AUGGGCAGUUACCUGGGCAAAGCGGGGUCUUCGCCACGGUCUCCAGCACAUGGCCAUGCAGAAGCACGGGAGAAGCCUGCAAACCGCCGACCGGCUAGGCCCCUUUAUCAGGUCCACCGAGUGCAGCAUGUCCACCGUGUCCAGCCUUCCCGGCGACACAAGCCGGCCAGGAGGCCGCCCAACUGGGAUCCCGCCAAUCCCGCCACCUUCGUCAGUGAGGCCUGGAAGCGCUUUCCUAUGAAGAGGCCUCAGAACCCCAUCAUGGGCUCUCUUCCCUCAGACUGGUGGGAAAGUUACCUUAAGCGUAAUAUUUGGUCCCUUCGUCACCCUAGGGCCACAUGGAGUCCCGUGACAGUCAAGAUCACGCCUCCUGAGCGGAGAUCACGGCCUUUGCUCUCAGCCUCAAGAGUGGUGAGCUCUACUGGACCAGCAGAGGAGUUACCAAGCCGCUGCGGAAAGGACCCGGUGCUGAGGGCUCUCCUCGAGUGCAGGAAGGGGAGAGCCAGGUGGGAAGAGCCAGUGUUCCGCGAGAGCUCGGACAAUAAAAGGAACUCCACCACCGCAUGGUCUGCCUUCAAACCCCUGGUGAAAAGUGGGGCCACUGUUUCUUUUGUUGCCAGACCCGGAUCUCUGAAAAGGAGCCUCCAUGCCCAGAGUACAGAUCAUAAAAGUAAGAGGUCCGGUUGCUCCUCUGUUGCUCUCUUAGCCAGCAUUCACACACAGGGCCCACCCAGCACUAAAAGAAAUGCUAUUACCAGCUCUUACAGUUCUUCCAGAGAUCUCUCAGAGGCUUGGAAGAGACAUUUUUCCAAGACAUCAGUCCAGUCUCCAGAAUGGUCAUUGAAAAAGAAAGGGAAAAGUCCCAAUUCUCACCCCUCAGUCACGCUCAGCAACUCUGGACAACUGAAUGGGAAGAUUCCUUUACUGCGACCUGGGGACCCGCUGCUGCCUACACCUUGCCAGCAAGGUCAUAUGAUUGAAGAGGACAGGACCUUAGAGAGGCAAGCUGGGUUGAGCAACCAAACCAGGAGAGCUACCCCUGGGACAGCUGCCACAGAGUCCGUUCCUGAUACCAGGGCUGGUCUUCAGCCUGCUUUAUCUCUCAGGCGGCCCUCUGAGACAGUACUCACUACCUACAUGAGCCCUCAGCUAGAAAGCUUAAAGAACAUGCCUGCCCCAUACGGGUGUUCACAGUUAGAGCACCUUCAAGGCGUCUCUUCAGAUUCAGAACCCUCAGCGGCUUCCAUCCCGGCUUCUCCAAGCGCUCCCACAACAGCAGUCACUGAUUCCACCUGGCUCUCUUCAACCCCUCAGGCUCUCAGGUCUGCUGCGCUCCCACACUCAUCUGUCAUUCUCCCCACAGCACCCACCACACAAAACACUUUGCUUGGGGUGGUGAGUAGGCCUUAUGUGCACUUUCCUGCAUCUGUAAUUCCUGUGGCGCCUUCUGCUCCCUUAGCAUUAAGACCUAUCUGGGGGCCCAUGCACAGCAGUGAGGUCAGAGCCUCCUCAUACUCCAGAAUUUCUGUCAUGGCAGAGGCAUCUUCAAGUUCUCCCCCCACAACUCCAGGCAUCUUAAGGCCAACUUUCAAGCCUAUCUUUGGCAGUAUAGAACCACUUAAAACUAUGUCCUCCACAGCUCCCGUGUCCACCAGGGAGCCCUCUCCUUCACUGAGUUCCACCUCUAGUCAUCUUUUCCACAGCCUAGCCACCACAGCCCCCUGUGUGGUUACAUCUGCCAUUCCAGCCAGCAUAUCCAAAGACCAUGGUGUGGAUUUGAACAUAGUGACCAGCACCACAGGCAGCUCUUACUCUGUCCCUUCUUGCCACACUUUUCUGCUUGGAGCCUCCCAGGGCCUUUCCCCAGAUACUCAUUUAAUUUUCCCAUGCCAACAUGCUACAGUUCCCACUGUGCACACAGUCACUAUCUUUAGCCAGGUUCUUACUAGUGCCAUCCAGUUAUCCCCCCUUAGAAGCACGGCUAAACUGAAGGGGGUGAGCCGGCCUCCAGUGACCUCAGCCAUCUCCAGUGUGACUUCAGCACUCACAGGAUCUUUGGGGUCAAGCCCAAAGCCUCCUCCUCCAUCAUCCCAAAGUACUUUCCAGUCUUCACUUGGGGCCACGGAUGAGCUGAAGCAAUGUUCUCUUCAUCUAGCUCCUGCCCCAACCUUCAGUACCUCAUUCCUUUCAGAGAACCCAAUUGUGUCCCCAAUCCAGGGGCUACCUCCUGCUCAACCUGUCCUUAGCAAGACUUCACAACCAGCUUCCGGGGGAUUGACUUCUUCAGCUUCCAUUAUCCACACUCCUGCUACUAUUCAGUCAGGCAUUGGCAGCACGCUAGCUGGUUUUCCAUUCAGUAAAGCUAGUUCAACCACCCCUGGGGUUGUCAGACAGAACCAUCAGAGCAGGGCCUACACCUCAGUAUUUGGCAGUACAGCCCCAAGACCUUUUGCUUUUGGGGGAUUAGUGACUCCUAUGGAUUGUGGGGAGCCUGAAGCCCCACAAAGGAGAACUUCGGGAGCAGGACAGAGUGAGACCCCAAGUGCCCUACCUCCCUUGGUACAAUACUGGAACCAGAGUAUGCAGGGCCUUUCUAACCAGAUCGCACCUUUGGCCAGCAUUACUGCAAGAAAGACCAUGUGUGGGUCCCCCUCCCUGGUCCCUUUUGCUCAGAGCACCCCUGUACUUGGAGUAAGUAAGGCAGUUAGCAGUCUCGGCCUUGGGAUACCCUCUCCAACUGUGCAGGAUUCUGUGGGGAGAGAUUCUUUGAAGUCAUGGGCACCUUCAUUCUGUAUUGGCACAAAAUCGAAAAUCCCAAGGAAUCGGGAGCCAGGGCGCUCCCGAAGACUUCACACGUACAAGAAAUAG